GAUCUUUCCGAGUCAAUGGAAGAGUGUUUGAAUGAUGUCCUCAUAGCGGGCCUGAUCACACCAUGGAUCAGAUGACAACGAUCUCUCCCGCUUUAGAUUUCUCUAGAUCUGAAGAGGGAGACAAUGUGCACGUUUCGGAAAGCCUGCUGGCCUGUAAUGAGGAUAGAGAUAAGUCUGAACUAUCUCUUGAGUUGCAUUUGGAGGCUCUGAAGGCCAAACGCAAGCAGCAGCUGGAGAAAUUAGAGCUCCGGCACCAGAAUGGCCUGGAGAAGAGGGUCCUGCAGAACUCCCUGCUCACUUCCAGCACCGAAUGGAUACUUAAAGCCAAAAUACCCCAGCAGAGCAUCAGCGAUCAUGAUAGGCGAAAGUCUGAGAACCGCAAACACCACAGUUCAAAGGUGCAGAAUUUGACCUCAAAUGGAGUCGAGGCACCAAGAACUACUGGAACUAAUUCUUUGGGAACAGUGACAGAGAGACAGAGGAAGCCUCUCCCUCAGGGUUCACAGAAAGCCAAAGAGGAGGCAGACCUGGCUGAGUGUCAGAAACAGUUUUGUGUCGCUCCCGUCCCCGAGCACGUCUCAAAGCCUCUUUAUGAUGAGCUCAGCAAUGAGCAAGAGCGCUUGAGGAAGGAAGGUCGUGAGCAGAGGAGAGAUUUCCUCUUGUCCAUGCAGAAGCCCUUCAGGUUCCACAAGAGGGAGGAGAAGAAGCGAGAGAGGCUGAAGGAGGAGAUGGCCUCUGCCAAUAAAAGUGAAAAAACAGAACCAGUUUGUGUGAGAAAACCUAUACCGAAAGCGGUCUCAGAGCCCAGCUUCUCUGAACAACUGAAAGUGCAGGAGCAGCAAAGGAAGAUUCACAUUCAUCUGCGAGCUCAGGAGACUCUGAAAGCCUCCUCAGCACCCAUUCAAAGGCAGGAACCCAGUGCAGAUAGACAGACCCGCAGUGCUCAGAAGAACAAAAGCAAGAUGCUGGGUUACUUGGACCAGAAGCUGUCCUUCAGACCUAAAACUAAUGCUGCCGUGCCUGACUUUGACAAGCUUUACCAGGCCUUUCAUCAAAAGGCAAUGGAGGCAGCAGAGAGGAGAGAUGUCACUCACUGUAAACCUUUCCAGCUGCGCACAUCCACGCUACAGCCACGCCACAGGAGCCCAGAAAACCCACAGAAAUCUAGAGACGAGACGAAUCUAAAGAGAAGCAGUUCAUUUGGUGGCCUGACAUCACUGUCUAUGGACACUCUUCCAACUUACAUAACAGAUGCUGCCAGGAAAAGAUCCAUGGCUGUAAGGAGAUCUCUGGAGCUGAAGGACCUUAAGGAGCAGGAGAAUGCAAAGUGGAUGAAGCAGCACAGAAUCAAGUCUCAAGCUAUGAGCAGGGCAGUAGCAAUGAGAGCCAAGGCAAUGGACCCUCAUAAAAGUCUUAAAGAGGUCUAUCAGGAGAAACUCAAACAGAACCGGCAAGCUGAUCUGGAGAGGAUGAAAGAUUAUCAAAAAGAGCUGAAGGAAAUCAAAACCAGAGUAACAUCUCGCCCGUACCUGUUUGAGCAGGUGUCGCAGAAAAAUGCCAAGAAUAAUGCUGAACGCAGAUACAGGAAUACUUUGGAACAAGCAGGCCUGGACGAACAUUUUGUGAGAUCAAAGGGAGAAACAAAUAAGGCCAUCCAUGUGGACAAUGAGUCUGCGGAUGAGGAUCAUGACAGCACUGAAAGCGAAACCCAGAAGAGUGCAGGAAGUGGGAAAGACAGUGUCACAAAUGAGGAGGAAAAAGAAGGGAAUGUGGAAACCAAAGAGGAAGAGUUGUGCUGACAGACGCGGUUGGUGGACCAGUGUAUUUCAUCCAUAUUCCAUAUGUGCAGGGGAGACUGUGGUCAGACAACAAAUUGCUGGCAGAUCAUUUCAGUUUUGAAAAAUUGUGUUGUGCAUGAUUUACUUAGAUUUAUAUAUUGUAUUACUGUAUAUUGUGCCAGUGAAUCGGUGUGGGUCUUUAUACAAGUUUAUACGUUUUUUACAAUAGAGAAGGGAUUAUGAAGAUUCAAGAAAUUCCAUAUGCGUGUCAUAACAUUUUGAAUGAAACAGAAAAUCAAAAGCAAGUUUAAUUUUAUGAUUCUAAGCAUGUUAUGGGGGCUACCGACCCAACAAAAGAAGAAAUAACCAAAAAACACUUGGCAACCAGAGGAGCGGUGUAUUAAAAGCAGUAUAUUUGCUUGAGUUCUACUUACUGUACAUUAAAUCAUCUUGUAAACCACAGAAACAGCUCUUGGGUUUGGUGUUGGGCACCCUCAGGGUUUGCAAACAGUAAAUUGGGGAAGCCUUGUCUUGGCACAAACAUCUUCCACCUGGAAUGGAGUCUGUCAAAUGUGGCUUUGAAUGUCUGCUAUAAUUUUGGACUAUAACCGUCACAGAGACUAGCUUUAUUCAUGAAACUCCAUUUGAAUAAGUACACAAAUAACAUUCUAAGACAACUCUUCUUUAGCACAAGGCCCAUCUGAAAUUCUCAUUCCUGAAGUCAGGCUGUUUUGAGAGUCUUAGCACUGGUUGAGUAAACAGCCCUGCACAUUUAUCCUCUCUUGGCAAAAGAGCUUGUGCUAGUGCAUUUGGCCACAUCAAGAGCUUUUUACUCCAACUGGCUUCUUCAGUCCUGGUUGGAUUUUCUGUGAUUUUUUAAGGAAUUAAAGGAAUUUGUGUUUCUUUGUAUAGAGAUGGAAAGUUCUUAGUUAUUUUAAAGAUUUUGAGGCAUAAUUUCUGCUUUUGCUGUUACAUGAUGAUCUCAAGAUGGAACAUAAUUACUUUAAACGAGCCGUGUAGCAUGCAGUGUAUUUUAAAGGCUAAAAUUGAACUUUUGGUGAAAAUAUGAUAACCAGUCUUGUCCAUUUUGUUGUAUAACUUGUAUAUUUAGUGGUUGAAGGAGUGAUGACACUGAAAAAAUUAAAUGAGUCAACUGCACAUUUGAAAAUGACUGCCCAGUUUCACCUCACGAUACCCAUUCAUUUUGUUUCGGAAAUUCUUUUUUUGUUUUGGCUAAAUGAGGUUUAAGUGGAAGUACAGUAGGGCUUUGUUCCAAUUCUUAUUCUGGUAUACACUAGAAUUAUGUCUUUUACUGGUAAUGGGAGAGUCAGGGGGUCAAGAUUUGGUAGCAUUUGGUGCAUCAUUUCGAAAAGGAGUGUAUUUACAGGUUGUGUGUAUAUGAACAUCACAAAGUCCUACGAGUGGAAACUUAAAAUUUUCUUUGAGCUCAAUUUUCAGAUUUGGGGUUUGUCAGUGGGAAAAAAAACAUGGAAGAUGGGAUGCUGCAGGGAUGCUGUAUUUUUUUAUGCCAAUCCGAAAGUUUGCAUCACACUGGUUUCUUCGACACAAAAAGCCAAUAGAAUUUUUUCUACUGCCUUUUGGAUUAUCGCAGAAAUGUAGCCCUGUGAACAACAAAAGUUUAUAAUUCUGACAUGUUUUGUUUGUCAUGAUAAUCUUCACAAAUGAACACAACUUUAUGUCGGCACCGAUAGUUUCGUGGGCAGCGUGCUGACAUAAUGCGCUAGGAGCGUCCCAAGUUUGAAUCCAGGCCAGGCUCGAGGACCUUUCCCGAUCCAACCCCCCUCUUUCUCUCCAACUUCACUUCCUAUCAAUUCUACACUGUCCUAUACUAAUAAAGUGAAAAAAAAAAUUUCAAAUAAAUG